AACGACACGAUACGGUUCCGUGUCACAUUGGAAGACGAAGUGCCUGCGGGUCAGCAACCGAACAUCGUCGGUGUCGAUGCAUCCGUGAUCGUUCUCGACGAAAACGACAAUCCCCCGCAUUUUCUUGGCGUGCCGUACGAGGCAGUAGCCGAGGAGGACCUUCCAGUUGGCUCGACGAUUCUUCCGGGUAUUAGAGUAAUGGAUCCUGACAUGUUGGGCGAGAUCAUAGAUCUAACCUGUGUUCCUCAGCCACAGUUUCUCGAUGCCUGCGAGAAGUUCGGCAUAAUUACCGUGGAGAAAACUCAGAACUCUUACGUUGGAGCGCUAGUCUUGCGACAGCCACUCGAUUACAGGGAGCGGCCAUUUUAUCAGCUGCUACUUAGGGCCAGCGAUGGCUUGAACAAUGAAACAACGGGGGUUGAAAUCAAAGUAGCGGAUAUUCAGAAUAGCCCGCCAGAAUUUUUGGAUUCUCUGACUGGUGUGGUGCGUGAGGAUGAUCCAAUUGGAACGCUGGUUAUGACUAUCAAAGCCAGAGACGGAGACAGGGGGAUGCCGAGGAGAAUGAUCUACGAAUUGGUUACCAAUCCAUUCGAUUAUUUCCUAUUGGACGACGAAUCCGGCGAACUAAGGACGGCGAAGCCGUUGAAUAGAGAAGCGUUGAAGGACUCGACUGGUGUGCUUACACUGAAGGUAAAGGCACGAGAAUUGAUCGAUGGAAUGCCAGGCAGCGACGAUUUAACGGUUUCAACGGCAGAAGCCACAGUGACGAUAAAGGACGUCAAUGACGAACCACCAACAUUUAAUCGCCGCGAGUACAACAUCGAAAUCCCAGAGAACGUACCGAACGGAACACUCUUGCCACAUUUGGAUAUGACUGUGAAGGAUCCCGAUGUUGGUCUGAAUUCCGUAUUCUCGUUGCGUCUGGAAGACAUUACGGAUGGAGCGUUUACCAUCGAGCCGACCAUGGCGACUGGGAGCACAUCUGUGAAUAUUCGGGUUGCAAAUGGCUCGCUCGAUUACGAGAAUCCGAACCAACGGAAAUUCAUCAUCCUGGUCGUUGCAGAAGAAGUUCACACGAAUCCGAAGCUUUCUUCGACUGCGACCGUGACCGUUUCCAUUACAGAUGCAAAUGAUAAUUCACCCUCUUUUAGUAGAUCAAGGUAUAGUGCCGCAGUGACGGAAACUGCGCCGGAAGGCACUCCCGUUAUAACCAUUACUGCCAAAGAUCGUGAUAGUGGACGAUUUGGUACAGCCGGAAUCUCUUAUCAAUUGCUUGGACAAGGUGCAGAACAUUUUUCUGUAGACAAAAAAUCUGGAACCAUUUCGGUAGCUCCUUGUCUGACACCUGGAACUUCACCUUGCUUAGAUUACGAAGAACAGAGGCAAUACUUCCUUACAUACAAGGCGACUGAUAACGACGGACAAGGUCAAACAACCAGUGUCUCCUUACUCAUCGUUUUGUCAGAUGCCAAUGACAGUCCUCCACGAUUCUUGCAACACAAGUAUCGCGCGGUGAUAGACGAAGGAGCUGAGAAAUUCGAGCCGGACUUGAAAGUGCAAGCCCGGGACAAAGAUAAAACAUCAAAAAUCACGUACUCGAUACUCGAGGGCAAUGAUCUCGGACUUUUUGCCAUUGAUCAAGACUCCGGCGAGAUUACAAUAAAAAAUAAAGGUCCGAUUGAUUUGAAAAAUUCAAGCCGCGAUUGGAUCGCUCUCACGAUACAAGCGAACGAUGGAAUAUUCGUUGAUACUGCCACUGUUAAUAUUACUAUUCGAGAUGUCAAUAAUAAUGCUCCAGUUUUCAUGUAUGACGUAUACAACGCCAGCAUUCUUGAAAUAUCUCCCAUUGGAACGGUUGUGCAGGAAGUCACAGCAACUGAUGCAGAUACGGGAAUCAAUGCGGAACUCGUUUACAGAAUACAGAAGGGUGCUUUCGAUGAUUUCACCAUUAAUGAAAAGACAGGCAUAGUGACAGUGUUCAGAAAAUUGGAUUACGAUAAUAAGGAUAGGUACCAUGUGGAAGUGAUAGCCUUCGACAAAGGAACUCCCAGCUUAACUGGAACAACAACGUUGAUGAUAAAUGUUACAAAUAGUAAUGACAAACCGCCGUAUUUCACGCCAGAAACGCAGCGUGCUGAAGUCACGGAAGAUACGCCAAUCGGUACCGUUUUCACGUCACUAAAAGCCACAGAUCCUGACAGUGCCAAUUCAGAAGCGUUGAACUUCGCCAUUUCUGAACCUAUCACAGCGAUUGAUAGAAAUGGGCAGAAGGUCAACGACAGUAAAUCAUUCAAGGACUUCUUCGCAGUCGAUCGUGCAACCGGUCAAGUAUCAGUCGUCAGACCUUUAGAUCGCGAUGUCGCGGCAACAGUGAGCAUCACCAUAGUUGUUAGCGACACAACGGCACCCACGUUACAGCAAGGAAGAGGUACUCUAGUUGUCACGAUUAUUGACGUGAAUCACAUGGCUCCAGAAUUUUUAAAACCAUGGACAAGAGAGAAUCCACGAUAUUUAAUAGAAAUGCAAGAAGAACAACCAAAGGGAGCGGUUGUGGGAGCAUUUACUGCAGUAGAUUCGGACAGCAAUAUAGCGGGAUAUGCGAUUGAACCUCCAAGUCCUUAUUUCAAUAUAGACAAUGUCACAGGUAUUGUCCGGACUAGCCAAGUGAUUGAUUACGAAGAAACAAAACAGUUGGAAUUCCAAGUGAUCGCUUAUGAUUCCGGGGUACCUCAGUUGUCGACGACAACAAAAGUUACUGUCACAAUAAUAAACGUGAACGACCAAGAUCCUAAAUUCGAGAAAGAAUUUUACAACGCGUCUGUGGAAGAGAACUCGCCAGCGGGGACGCAUGUUACUGUUGUGAAAGCGAUAGACGGAGACGAAGGACCAUUUGGAGAAGUUAGUUAUAGUCUGAUUGGAGAACAUGCUGCUGAUUUUAAUAUAGGCCAUGAAACUGGAGAAAUCACCGUUGGCAGCGCGACCGUUCUUGACCGAGAAAUGACACCUGAAAUCACGAUAACUGUAAUGGCUAGUGAUGGGGCUCACGUAAAUUCUCGUCGAAGUACAACCGUCCCGGUGCUUGUGAAGCUUAUCGAUGUCAAUGACAAUCGUCCAAUAUUUUCACAGCAUAGGUACAGAGCCUCGGUAGCCGAAAAUUUGCCUGUGAAUCCACCUGCUCCAAUUUUACAAGUAAGAGCGGCGGACCACGACGAAGGAAUCAAUGGAGAGGUUUGGUAUACCAUAAUCAGUGGUAACGAGAAUGAAUCGUUUUCAUUAAAUCGUGAAACUGGUAUUCUAUACCCUGGUGCAGCUCUUCUUGGCAGAGCUGGCACGUAUAGAAUCAAGGUGAAAGCAAGAGAUGGUGCCGGCAAUGGUCCCCAUUCAGACAAAUGUGAUAUUGAUAUACGAAUAACACCAGUGAAUCAACACAAACCACAAUUUGUUCUACCAGAAUUAUCAAAUUCCACUGUUGAAAUCCCUGAGAAUGCUGGUGUUCAAAAUUACUUGAUAUUAACAGUAAAAGCGAUUGAUAGAGAUCCUGGUGAAAAUGGACAUGUAAGUUAUCAUUUGAAAGUCGGGAAUCGUAACACUCAAGAAACGGAGGAGUUUUCGAUAGAUCAAGAUACCGGUGAAUUACGAUCGAAGAUUAUUCUUGAUCGCGAAGCUAAAAGCAAAUUUGAGCUUGUUCUAGUAGCUACUGAUCACGGUACACCCACAGCAUACGAAACUUUGCGGCUUCUUACUGUACAAUUAGUCGACACAAAUGAUAACGCGCCGCAAUUUUACGAUGAGUAUCAUUUUAUGUUAUCAGAAAAUCGUCCGAAGGAUUACUUUGUAGGGAAGGUAACAGCGGAAGAUAGGGACGAGGGCACACACGCGAAAGUUUACUACUAUAUAGAAGCUGGAAACGAGGACUAUGCGUUUUAUAUGGAUAAAACCGAUGGUAGUAUUUACGCGAAUAAAUCCUUCGAUCGUGAAAUCCGAGAUAAGUACAUUCUGUCGAUUCUGGCUUCCAAUGAUCCUGAUAUUUACAUAAGUCCAAUGGACGCUGGACGUCCAGUGACUCAAAACACGGACCAUGGACACGUUAAUGUAACUAUAACCAUUCUAGACGAAAAUGAUAAUCCACCAAUUUUCGAGCGUAACGACUAUUACGCUGGUGUUAAUUCAAUGGCAAAUGUAAACGAUUUCGUAACAAAAGUAACAGCGUCUGAUUUAGACGUUGGUGACAAUGGAACGCUCCAUUAUUAUGUUGCCAGCGCUAAUUUGUAUAAAUAUGGAUCGGAGAAACCUAGUGGUUCCAUAGUUCCAAGUCCUUUCAAUGUAACUCAGGAUGGUAAACUUGUAACGAGCGGAUACAUGGCUGAAUAUAAUCAAGACAGAUUUAUUGUUGAAGUAAUAGCAAAGGAAACUGCUAUUCCAGAAAGAUAUGCCAUGACCAGAGUUCACGUUUGGGUAUUUGAACCCUCGCAACUUAUCAGAGUUAUCUUGUCGCGACCUCCAGAAGAAGUAAAUCGUGAACGUGAUGAAAUCGUAUCGGAAUUAUCAAAUGUAACGCAAAGCAGAGUUGUCGUUGAUGACAUCCGGUACCAUGUGGAUGCAUCCGGUCACAUUCGACGAGAAUGGUGUGAUAUGUAUUUACAUGUUGUGGAACCAAAAACUCAGACUAUUGCUCCGAUUCCACAAGUACUUAAAGUCAUUGAUGCAAAAUAUGAUUACUUGAAAGACUAUUAUGCAGGCUUUGCCAUUGAAAAUGUUGUGCCUGCUUAUGCUGGAGUACAGGAAGAACCUUUUGAUCCUGCACUGGCAGCAUUGAUAGCUUUAUUAGUAGUUCUACUAGUUGGCGCUGUAACAGUAACAGUAGUUUGUUGCUGUUUACGUCAUUGGGUAAUUACUGUGUCAAAUGAUAUAAGGAAGAAAGAUGGAUUAAUAAAGAAACAAAUUAUUGAUGAAUUAAAUACUACGGAAAAUCCAUUAUGGAUUGAACAGAAACUUAAACCAUACGAGGAACAGGAAUUAACUAUGCAAGUAUUUAGUGAACCGGAAGGUGGUCUAGUAACAGAAAGACGUGGAAGUGGUGUAAGCAUUGGUAUGGGUGACACAUCACAGGAUAAUACUUAUGCUACUAUACAACGUCCACUGCCUACCAGUAGGCAUUGUCCCACAACACCUGAUUAUACAACACUUCCAGGAAAUCACAAUCUUUAUGAAUCAGCAAUGGGUUUCCAAGGAUCAACCUUCCAGCCAUCCUCAAAUGCAAUACCACAACUUACACUUGAUCGUGAUGGCCAACCCCAGUUUGUUUCAGGAUUAGUAUAAAUUAAGUUUCCUGCCAAGUCCAUUUUUUAAUCAAUGUAUAACUUCAUUCACAUAUGUUGUACAUCUUUAUUCCCAACUCCAACUGUAGCACGCGUCUGUGAAAGAAAAGAACACUCGAAUGCACACACCUUUUGGACAAUAAUUGAAUAAUAUUGUUAGGUUUGUUUGCGAGUAGACGCGUGUACAAGACGAGUGAGAAUUUUCCGAAUUACCUAGGGAACCCUCUGACCAUUUGCUAAUUCAGUUUGAACUCAACAGCGAAGAAUAUUAAACGAAGUGUAACGACGAAUGACAGUCAAUAUUAUUGGAAUAAAUAUUCCCCUGUAGCUGGUGUGUGCAUGUAUAUAUGUGUGCGUUGCCAACCUGUGGUCCCAUCUAAUUAAUCGUUAGAUUCAUCACUAGGAAAAUCAAAAACCGCUAGAUAAUAGACACUGUGAAAUAGCUUAAACGACCUAAGCUUGGCACGACAGAUAUAUGUAUAUAAGUGAAUGUGUAGACUCCGUCCAGCGCAGUUUUUUCAUUAUUUCCUCACUAGUUUAAUAUUUAUACACCCUUACGUACGUUUUACAUGUGGAAAAAUGGGGAAACGUACUUGUAGUGUCAUUACUCUGUUUGUGUCGUUACACAAACAAGAGGAUGCCAUAUUAUGGCAUCAUUACAACAAAGUGUUAUAGGUAACGAACAAGCUCAUACUCUUAAAGCAGGGUUUGAAAUUGUUUUGAAAAUAAUAUUGUUCCUGUCAGAACAUUUCGUAAAAAUACUCAAAAGAAAAUUUUGUUAUAAUUGUGAAAAGUUUUAUAUAAAAAUAGGAAAAACUAUCAUGUUCCUCGAAAAGUAACAAUUUCGGUCGGAGUAGAAUAUUUAAUUCCUAGAAAAUAACUCUGUUCUGAUUUUAUUCACUUUGUUUUCAAAUGUUUCCUAUUGCAAGUAUGAUUAUUAAUUUCCAUACUAUAAAAGAUACAUUAUUAAACGUUUGUAUGGAAAAAUUAUUGAUGUUCUGUAAUCGUUGUUAUAAAUUAUUUGUAAAAAUUGGAAAUCAAUUAAACUUCUAUAAUUAUUGUGAUUCGAAUUUGAAUUUAAAGAUUUGAAAAUACAAGGUUGUCAAUCAUUUAUUUCUUCUUUAUGUAUCAGCAAUCUGAG